AAUAGCGCGCAUCACAUUUGAGAGGCGCGCGGGAAGCGCCUGCAAAGCCGCCCCUCUGCGCGCGCAACCCGCCUCCGGCCGCCGCGCCACCAUUCGCGCGCGACAGGCGAGGCGCGGCGCCGCGCCGCUCACACAAACUGACGUGUUUUGCGCAUUUCCUGCACCAGAGAGAGCGAGAGCGCGCGCGCGCACGAGACGGCGAGAGAGAGAGAGAAAGAGAGAGAGCGAGCAGUGGGCUGUAGGACACGGAGAGCCGCGGUCGCGGAGUGAGAGAGAGAGAGAGAGAGAGAGAGCGCAGCUCCGGCGGCUGCAGGAGGAGACGAAGGAGAAGAAGGGAGCGGGCGAAGAAGCGGGGCGCGCGCGCUGGGAGCCCACACAGGAUACGCCGGGACACAGGACGAGGAGGAGGCGCGUCCCCGAUGCGCCGCGCACAGCCCGGGACCCGGACCGUCCUGCGCUCCUCCUGCGACCAGAGCGGGACGAGCAGCGUGGUGGUGGUGGUGGAAGCCCGCGGGCUGUGAGAGAAACACGCAGCCCGGGAUCGUCCGGAGGAGGAGGACGACGAGGAGGCUCAGCUCAGCUGCCUUUCCUUCUUCUCUUCUGCUCUCCUGCACGCACGGCGCGGCGGCCGCGCGCACACACACACACACACACACACACACACACACACUCCUCCUCCUCCUCUCUCUCCGCGGCUGUGUGUGUAACUACUGAGCAAUUUUCGUCGUUUCGCGAGCGGGGGGAUUCGACACGGCAACGGCAAAAAAAAAAAAAAAAAACAAGGAGAGAAACAAAGAGAGGGCAGGUAGAAAGAGGAACAGACGAGAGCAGUUUAGUGGGCGCGUUCGCGUGGGAAAGGCUGCUUUACAUGCGAUUUGUGUGAGUGAGAGCGCGUUAGCGCAGCACUGCUGUUUUUCCGUUAUAAAGCCUGCAGGAACCGCACACGUCCACUGGGUGUCGCCAGAGCUGAGGAAAAAAACCCCAGCGCUCAUUCCGGGGGUCUCCGGCGGAGCAAACUAACACGACAACACACUACUAAAUAUUUUAUUACCUUUUCAGACACUAGGGACAUUUUUGGAAAAAAAAAAAGAAGGAAAAAAAAAAGCAGCCCACAUUUCGAGCCAGACGAUCUGAGAUUCGUGCCAUCCAUCCAUCGCCAUGGUCGUUUUUAACGGGCUGCUCAAAAUAAAGAUAUGCGAGGCGCUGGACCUGAAGCCCACUGCGUGGUCCCUGAGGCACGCGGUGGGACCCAAGACUCAGACCUUCCUGCUGGACACGUACAUCGCGCUGAACGUGGACGACUCGCGCGUGGGCCAGACCUCCACGAAGCAGAAGACCAACAGCCCCGCGUGGAACGACGAGUUCGUGACGGAGGUGCACGACGGGCGCCGGAUCGAGCUGUCCGUCUUCCACGACGCGCCCAUCGGCUACGACGACUUCGUGGCCAACUGCAUCAUCCAGUUCGAGGACCUGCUGCAGAACGGCAGCAGACACUUCGAGGACUGGAUAGACUUGGAACCGGAAGGAAAGGUAUAUGUCGUUAUCGACCUGUCGGGAUCGUCCAGCGAAGCAGCCUCGGCGUCCAGCGAGAAUGAAGAGCGUGUGUUCCGGGAGCGCAUGCGGCCGCGGAAGCGGCAGGGUGCGGUCCGGAGGCGGGUCCACCAGGUCAACGGACACAAGUUCAUGGCCACCUACCUGCGGCAGCCCACCUACUGCUCCCACUGCCGCGACUUCAUCUGGGGUGUUAUCGGAAAGCAGGGCUACCAAUGCCAAGUGUGCACCUGCGUGGUCCACAAACGCUGCCAUGAGCUCAUAAUCACGAAGUGUGCCGGCCUGAAGAAGCAGGAAGACACGCCGGAGGAGGUUGGUUCGCAGCGCUUCAGCGUCAACAUGCCCCACAAAUUCAGCAUCCACAACUACAAAGUUCCUACCUUCUGCGACCACUGCGGCUCCCUGCUCUGGGGUUUGCUGAGACAAGGGCUGCAAUGCAAAGUCUGUAAGAUGAAUGUACAUAGACGCUGUGAAAGCAACGUGGCUCCGAACUGCGGCGUGGACGCCCGAGGCAUCGCCAAAGUGCUCUCGGACCUGGGAGUCACUCCGGACAAGAUCUCUAGCAGCGCGCAGAGGAGGAAGAAGUUGGUCCCAGGUCAAGAACCCCAGCAGUCCAUCCCAGGCACACCGCAGGCUGAGGAGGACCGCUCUAAAUCUGCACCCACCUCCCCGUGCGACCAGGGUACCUGCCCAGAAAACAAAGAACUCGAAAACAUCAGGAAGGCCCUCUCGUUCGACCACCGCGGGGAGGAGCACAAGUCGACCUUGCCCGCGUCCUCGUCAGGAGGGGGUGACCCGGCACCCCCGGCGGACGGCCGGGAGAACGGAGAGCUGAAGGCCUUCCAGGCAAAGCGAAUGAACCUGGAAGACUUCACUUUCAUCAAAGUCCUCGGGAAAGGCAGCUUCGGCAAGGUGAUGCUGGCGGAGCUCAAAGGUACGGACGAGGUGUACGCCGUGAAGGUUCUGAAGAAGGACGUGAUCCUGCAGGACGACGACGUUGACUGCACCCUGACGGAGAAGCGCAUCCUGGCCCUGGCGAGGAAACACCCCUACCUGACACAGCUCUUCUGCUGCUUCCAAACCAAGGAUCGGCUCUUCUUCGUGAUGGAGUACGUGAACGGAGGUGACCUGAUGUUCCAGAUUCAGCGAUCCCGCAAGUUCGAUGAGGCGCGUUCCCGCUUCUAUGCGGCCGAGGUCACCUCCGCGCUCAUGUUCCUGCAUCAGCAUGGAGUCAUCUACAGAGAUUUGAAACUGGACAACAUCCUGCUGGAUGCAGAGGGUCAUUGCAAGCUGGCUGAUUUUGGGAUGUGCAAAGAGGGCAUCCUCAACGGGGUGACCACCACCACGUUCUGCGGGACCCCCGACUACAUCGCCCCCGAGAUCCUGCAGGAGCUCGAGUACGGCCCCUCUGUGGAUUGGUGGGCUCUGGGGGUUCUUAUGUACGAGAUGAUGGCGGGGCAGCCUCCGUUCGAGGCGGACAACGAGGAUGACCUGUUUGAAUCCAUCCUCCACGACGAUGUGCUCUACCCCGUGUGGCUGAGCAAGGAGGCAGUGAGCAUCCUCAAAGCGUUCAUGACGAAGAGCCCUAAUAAGCGGCUGGGCUGUGUGGCUGCCCAAAGCGGAGAAGAGGCCAUCAAGGUCCAUCCUUUCUUCAAGGAGAUUGACUGGCAGCAGCUGGAGCAGAGGAAGAUUAAACCACCCUUCAAGCCCCGCAUUAAAACCAAAAGGGAUGUCAACAAUUUUGACCAGGACUUCACACGCGAGGACCCUGUGCUCACCCCUGUGGAGGAGGCCAUCAUCAAGCAGAUCAACCAGGAGGAGUUCAAGGGCUUCUCCUACUUCGGGGAGGACACGCUGUCCUAAGAGCCCUGUCCAUUUACGUUCCCGUGCGACCCCUCUGCCGUUCUUCACGCACUUCGACUCAGACGCACACACGCAGCCCGACCCGUGGGCCAAUACCAGGAUUAAAAUCCCCUUAGCUAAUCUCCCUUUUCCUAAAACACUCCAUUCCUUUCCCUUUCGUAUCUGGCCCUUAUUUUCCUUUCCUUACUGCAUGUCCGUUUCAGUCUUUGGUUUUUUUUUUUUUUUUUUUUUUUUUUGUAACGUGCUGUUGUACAGAUGCAGAACAGACUAUCGCGCAGAAGCAGCCCUAGGGGGAGUCCUUCCUCGUAACCGGGCAGUCGGUCCGCCUUGUCCGUGGUCCAAAGACGAUCGCUAGCCAAACCAACCUUCCCGCAGGCUUCCGCGUCGGAGGCUCGCUGCUAGCAACGGCCCUGCAACGGUCAGACCUCCCGUACGAGAAUUGCAGCGCUCGCGGACCCGAGCGUCACUUUGCUUGCGGCGAGCAUCGUUUUUGGUGACGUGCGCUAAUUCGCUGUACGGUAUAUCGGUGACGCGGAGGCCGUGGAAACCAGUUACAAAAGAGCUUGGUGCGAGAUCGCUCUGUCUUACGUCGUAGGACACGGCAUCGGCAAGAGGUAUGACCGAAUACGGGAAGCUGGAUCGAAAACACUAGUGAAGCGAGGCUGAGGUUCCCUUGGGUGGCCGAUGGCUUCUGUCGGCUGUGGCUUCUCGGGAACUUCUCGCAAAAAAUUACAGAAGAAUGGCAUGUCGUAGAACGGUCCUUAUUUGCUUCCGGGAACUAAUGUAACCUUGACAAAUCGACUAAACUGAUGACUGUUCUUCAAGCAACUGUAGACUGCAGUGGAACGGAGGAUGAACGGGAACGGAGACAAUGCAAACGAUUUUUCGUUGUCUCAGUUUCCCAUGACCUCAGUUUCUUCGUAACGGAGACAAAGUCGUGAUUUCGGCACAGGAAACCCCUAGGGUCUCUUCUUUGUGGUUGUAGUGCAGCCCUCAGUAGCGAAACAGGUCGGUGCUACUGGCCUCCUUUACCCUACUCGGAUUUUGUCUUUCUGGAUCUUUCUGUGCAAUGUCCAACUUGCGUGCCCUGCGUGAACCGAAUUGAUAGUACCGCCGAUGGUACCGAGGAAUGAAACCCUACCGGAUUUCAACGUCCAAACAAACAAAUGGAAGAAUUUGACGUUGUUAUAGAAAACCUUUUCCGAAGAUCAAAAUUUUACAGCUCUUACGGUAAUAGUUAAUGUACAAUACAUCGAAAUGCCUUUUGGUGUGUUGGGUAAAUUUUGCGGAAAACGCGAGGAAGCUAAAAGCAGAACGGUUACCUACAGUAGAUAUGCUCACAGUGUUAUUGUACUUUAUUUCUAAAUAUUCCUUAUACGGCUUCUUUUCAGAGUUCGGGUGCGAGAGUGUUUGCGUGUUCCCGUGUGCUUGUACGACCGUCGACAUGAAUUUAUUUUAUUGUGUCUUUUCGUUGUUGGGUUUUAAAUGAUUUUACUGGAUCGUCUUGUUGCUUAGCUUUUGAAAUCCCGACCAAGAUUUCCUGUUAUGCAACAAGACUCACUAUAGUGGGUGGCAAAACCAGCACCUAAAACCAGUGUCUUGCCCUCUGUACAGAAGAUACUUUGUAUAUAAUCUUUGCUGCGAAGCUUGUGAAGCUAUUUGAACAUAGAGGUGUCAACCACUGCAUGGUAAGACAUAAGAUAGUGUUGUGUAUUACUAGUCAAUGAGAAAAAAAGUUCAAUGUGCAAUACUCUGUGUCUUAUGUGUUUGUUUGGUUUACUUUUUUGGUUUCGUCUCGUUUCCCCCACUCAUAGUUUUUAUGGUUUGGUCGUUUUUGUUUUUUUUUUUCUUUCUUUUUUCUUUUUAAAGCAUGGUCUUUUGCCUGAUCCCUGCUGAAGCUUCACGUAUCCCCCACCCUUGUGGUUAGUAUGCACUCAUUCCUGCCCGUGACCUCCCUGACUCCACAGAGACAUUGUCCCCCCAACCAGGUGGGAGGGAUGCAUGUCCGAAGGCAGGGUUCCUCUCGUCCCGUGAUCUGACCGUCGGGACCUUGGAACGCUGGCGAGGCCGAAGGUUGUCGGGAGAGGACUUUCCCAAAACUGAGCACCAAAUCUGAACUUUUUUCGAAAACCAAAAGCCAGUCAGGAUCCCUGCAAAUAUUCUUUAUCUCGUGUGUCUGAAGUUUCUGCAAAAAAAAAAAAAGAAAAAAAAAAAAAAAGGCA